ACAAAUUGUGAGUUUUAAAUUCCAUCUGAUAUAUUUAUGAAUUUGUGCUUGUGUGUUUAGAAUGUUUUUAACAUGGUUUAUGUAUUUUAUGUUGUUUUGUGUUUUUAAAUUCCUCCUUUGGGAGCCAGUCAAGAUGCUGAACUGAACUAAAUUCAUCAAGUUAAAGCAAAACGUCUUUUGCUUUGGCCAUAUUUCCCCAUUUAUUGUAAAUAGAGUCUGAUUUCUUCUGACUUUACUUUGGUCCCUGAACGUCUCAGAGUUUUAUUUUCACUUUCCUCAUUGCGACACAGUUUGGAUUCGCCCCAUAAAUCUCAGUCUGUGGGUGAGUGGAGAGAGCGCCACCUAGUGGCAGCAUGGAUCAGUGUGAGGACAGAGAGGACAGAGUCCUUCCCUCUAAAAUGUCUCUUAUUGGGGAACAUGAGGACCAGAGGAAGCUGUCAGAACCAGAACCUGGACCCGGACCAGAACCCAGCUGUGUUUCUUUGAGCAGCAACAACUCAAAGAGCAGGAGUCGUGCAGCUGAGCCCAGCUGUGUGUCGUGGAGGAGCAACAAGUCAAAGGACGUUAUUAUUCUGUUUAAAUCGGACCAGCCUCCAGCAGCAAAGAGGAAGAGGCUGAAAAAUGACGACCAGCUUGAAUCUAAACUAGAACAUCUCUCCUCUGAUUACCAAAGAGUGGACCAGCAGAGCUCAGAGGUUCCCACUGAUCCGUCUGUCCAGCUGCAUCAGACACAGCUGGACUCCAUAUUUAUGCUGCUGGAGGAAAACAUUGUCACUUUUGUGAAGAACGAGCUGAAGAACAUCCAGAAGGUUCUGAGUCCAGAUGAUCCAGGAUCCUCAGAGGGUCAGAGUGAGGAUGAGGAGGUGAUUAGGGGUGAGGAUGAAGAGCAGAGGAGGAGCAGCAGGGAGGCAGUGAUGAAGAUCACCCUGAACUUCCUGAGGAAGAUGAAGCAGGAGGAGCUGGCUGAGUGUCUGCAGAGCAGGAAUCAUGCUGAAAAUUGUCAACGGAAACUCAAGUCUAACUUGAAGACAAAGUUCCAGUGUGUGUUUGAGGGAAUCGCUAAAGCAGGAAGUCCAACCCUGCUGAACCAGAUCUACACUGAGCUCUACAUCACAGAGGGAGGAACUGGAGAGGUCAACCAGGAACAUGAGGUCAGACAGAUUGAAACAGCAUCCAGGAAACCAUACAGACCAGAAACAACAAUCAGACAAGAAGACAUCUUUAAAGUCCCACCUGGAGGAGAUCAACCAAUCAGAACAGUGAUGACUAAAGGAGCAGCUGGCAUUGGGAAAACAGUCUUAAUACAGAAGUUCACUCUGGACUGGGCUGAAGACAAAACCAACCAGAACAUCCAGUUCAUAUUUCCAUUCACCUUCAGAGAACUGAAUGUGCUGAGAGAGAAAAAGUUCAGCUUGGUGGAACUGAUUCAUCACUUCUUUACUGAAACCAAAGGAAUCUUUAGCUUUGAACAGUUCCAGGUUCUGUUCAUCUUUGAUGGUCUGGAUGAGAGUCGACUUGGUCUGGACUUCAACAACAAUCCGAUCCUGACUGAUGUUACAGAGUCCAGCUCAGUGGAUGUUCUGCUGACAAACCUCAUCAGGGGGAAACUGCUUCCCUCUGCUCUCCUCUGGAUAACCACACGACCUGCAGCAGCCAAUCAGAUCCCUGAUAAAUUUGCUGACAGAGUGACUGACAUUAGAGGGUUCAAUGACCCACAUAAGGAGGAGUACUUCAGGAAAAAAUUCAGAGAUGAGGAUCAGGCCAGCAGGAUCAUCUCCCACAUCAAGACAUCACGAAGUCUCCACAUCAUGUGUCACAUCCCAGUUUUCUGCUGGAUCACUGCUACAGUUCUGGAGGAUGUGCUAAAAGCAAAUGGGAGAGAGGAUCUUCCAAACACUCUAACUCAGAUGUACAUCCAUUUCCUGGUGGUUCAGACCAAACUGAGGAAGAUCAAAUAUGAUGGAGGAUUUGAAACAGAUCCACACUGGAGUCCUGGAAUUCGAAAAAUCAUAGUGUCUUUGGCAAAACUGUCUUUUGAUCAGCUGCAGAAAGGAAACCUGAUCUUCUAUGAAUCAGACCUGACAGAGGGUGGCAUCGAUAUCAGAGCAGCCUCAGUGUACUCAGGAGUGUUCACACAGAUCUUUAGGGAGGAGAGAGGGCUGUACCAGGACAAGGUGUUCUGCUUCGUCCAUCUGAGUGUUCAGGAGUUUCUGGCUGCUCUUCAUGUUCAUCUGACCUUCAUCAACUCUGGAGUCAAUCUGAUGGAUGAACAGUCGACAUCCUGGAGUUGUGAAGCAAGAGAAGAUCAAUCUGCAGAAACAGAUAUUUACAAGAGUGCUGUUGACAAGGCAUUGCAGAGUCCUGAUGGACACCUGGACUUGUUCCUGCGCUUCCUCAUGGGUCUUUCCCUGCAGACCAACCAGAGACUUCUCGAAGGCCUGUUGAGACAAACUGGAUGUUGUUCCCAGACCAAUCAAGAAACAGUUCAGUACAUCAAAAAGAAUAUCAGUGAGAAUCUAUCUGCAGAGAAAAGCAUCAAUCUGUUCCACUGUCUGAAUGAACUCAAUGAUCGUUCCUUAGUGGAGGAAAUUCAACAGCUGCUGAGUUCAGAAAGUCUCUCUGCAGAACGACUGUCUCCUGCCCAGUGGUCCGCCCUCGCUUUCAUAUUAAUCUCAUCCGAACAAAGUCUUGAUGUAUUUGACCUGAAGAAGUAUUUACCUUCAGAGGAAGCUUUUCUGAGGUUGAUUCCAGUGAUCAAAGAGUCAAAGAAAGCUCUCCUGAGCCAGUGCAAUCUGUCAGACAGAAGCUGUGAAACUUUGUCCUCAGUUCUGGGCUCCUCUUCAUCAAACCUGAUUGAACUUGACUUGAGCAACAACAACCUGAGGGACUCAGGAGUUGCCCUGCUGUGUGCAGGACUGGAGAGUCCGCAGUGUGAACUGGAAACUCUGAGGCUAAGCACCUGUAGGUUGUCAGGUAGAAGCUGCCAUCAUCUGUCCACAGUGCUGAGCUCCCAGUCCUCCAGUCUGAUUGAGUUGGACCUUACAAACAACGAUCUGAAGGAUUCUGGAGUCAGCCUCCUGUCGACAGGACUGGCAAACCCAAACUGUAAACUGGAGACUCUCAGCCUGUCAGGAUGUCUGGUCACAGAGGAGGGCUGUGAUUAUGUGGCCUCAGCUCUGACCUCCAACCCCUCCCAUCUGAGAAAGCUGGACCUGAGUUAUAAUGACCCAGGAGAAGAUGGAAAAACUAUACUGAUGGCUAGAUUUGAAGAUGAGCGUUCCAGACUGGAGACUCUCAGGAUGGAGCCUGCUGGAGUUCAAUACUUGAAACCAGGUCUGAGGAAAUAUUCCUGUCGAUUCACCAUCGACACCAACACAGUGAACAGAAACUGCCAGCUGUCCCACGGCAACAGGAAGGUGACCCAUGUGGAGGAGGAUCAGCGGUACCCUGACCAUCCAGACAGAUUUGACUGGUGUCGUCAGCUUCUUUGCACAACUGGUCUGACUGGUCGCUGUUACUGGGAGGUGGAGCGAAAAGGGAGAGUUCAUGUGUCAGUGAGCUACAGAGGAAUCAAAAGGAAGGGAGACAGUGACAACUGUGAGUUUGGAUACAACGAUAAGUCCUGGAGUUUGUUCUGCUCUGAUGGGAUUUACUCUGUCUAUCACAAUAACAAAGGAACAUCAGUUCGCCUCCACUCCAUCCCCUCUUCCUCCUCCUCCUCUUCCUCUGCCACCAGCAGAGUAGCAGUCUAUCUGGACCAUCCGGCCGGCACUUUGUCCUUCUACAGAGUUUCCUUUGACUCUCUGAUCCACAUCCACACCUUCAACACCACAUUCACUGAACUGCUCUAUCCUGGGUUUGGCGUUGGCUUCAGGCCCGGUUCCUCUGUGUGUCUCUGUUUGGUUUAGAACAGGAAACACCUGUUCAGUCUGUCAGCAUUAGCCUGUCAUGGUACAAUAUUAUAUAUAUAUAUAAAACACAACAGCCGGGUUUCAAUCAUGAACAUGAAACAGUUUAAAAAAUGCUAACGAAGGCAACCGCUGGGACUUUGUACAAAAAACUAAUUAAACAUGUUGGAACUGAUUCAUAUCUUAUAAUUCACAUUUUUAUCACUAAUGUCCAAAUAAUAACUGAGCAAUAAUUUGUGGAGUUUUACGAUGUGUGUCAGGAUAAAAUGAACUGAUUAAAGUUCUCCAGCCCAUCAGCUCAUUUUAUCUUCAGCUCAUCUUCAUCCAGUCAGUUUCUGACUUUACUAAAGGAAUAAUCACUUCAUCUGUCAAACAGUUGUUAUUAUGCAGAACAAAAUGUUGCUGUUUGUAUUUUUAAAGCCUCAGUAUAAUGAGGACAUCCUGUUUAAUUCAAAGACAUUUCAGAUGAGUCGGUUUUAAGACUCUGAACAUUUUAAAUCAUAUUUUUUUGCUCUAAUUUGCUUUGAUUUUGUUUUCUUUUUCCCAUAUCAAUGUAUUUCCUCUUCAUACAGUGAUUGUUAUUGGGUGACAUUGGGAUCAGUUUGUUUCUGCUUAGUUUCUAAUAUAUAUAAAUAUAACAAUGAUCUUUAGGAAUAUGUGUCUUUCUGGGUUUUUUCCAUCGGUUCUUGCAGUUACAUUCAAAUCAAUCAGAUCUAUAACUGAUUAUUCAUUUCAAGCAGCUUUAUUAAGCAUCUAAUCUGUAAGUGUUGGUAAUUUGAUUUAGUCAUUUGCUGAGACUGUAGUUACAUCUUCUUCACUCUGGUGUCAUGUUAGUUUUAUUUCCUUAUUAUGUAAAACCAUCCAUUGACGAACUAUAGAUAUUUGUUACUCAUUUUAUUAUUAAAACACAUUUUCAACCUUUUAA